AUGAGUCAAACAGGGAACAAGAGUUCCUCAGAUGGAGAAACUAAACCCCAGACUUUAUUUGUCAACAAAUGCAUCAGGCGGUCAAAAUUCAGGUCCCCCAAAGCUGAAAACAGAAAAGAGAGCAAUGACCUUAAAACAACUGCUUUUCGACCCAGCGACGAGACACCGAAACCUAAUAUGAUGAGAUGGAGGAGAAAACCGUUCCUGCCGAAGUUGGGCAAAAACCCUGUCGACAAGUGUCUAGAUUUGAACAACUGUAGACUAACAACAGCGGAUGUGAGGGAGCUACUUGCUUUGCUGCCUUCUCUUCCAGACUUGGAAGAACUGGAUAUUUCCUGGAAUGAUUUCAUAGGCAGAACCCUUCAUUUACUCAUGCAGCAAAUGCAUCUUGUCAGCAAGUUAAAAAUCCUGAGGCUGGGUAGAUGCAGACUUACUGCUGAUGAUGUUCAAGCACAGGGAGAAGCACUUAAAGCGCUGCCUGAACUUGAGUUGAAUUUGUCCUGGAACAGUAAAGUGGGAGGAAACUUGCCUCUGAUCCUCCGGACAUUCCGAGAAGGGAGCAAGAUACAAAUGCCUGAGCUUGUGGACUACGCCCUCACGUCAGAAGAUGGGGCGUUUGUCGGUCAGUUGCUACUUAGGCUGCAAAACCUUGAAGUACUUGAUCUUUCUAUUAACAGAAACAUCGGUGGCAGUCUCAACAGUAUUGCUCAGGGAUUAAAAAGUACCUUAACUCUGAAAGUCUUGAAGUUACAUUCAUGUGGGUUAUCACAAAAGAGUGUCAAACUACUGGAUGCUGCUUUUAGAUACUUGUGUGAGCUGAGGACGCUAGACCUUUCCUGCAACAAGGAGAUGAGUGGAGGGUUCGAAGACUCCCCGGGGCUGGCCAUGCUCGAGCAUCUGGAGGGGCUGGAUCUUCACCAGUGCUUGCUGAUGGCCGACCACACGAUGUGGCUGAACUCUUAUCCCUCAAUUGGGGAAAAUGAGAAGAGUUCAAGGCUUUCAUGA